AUGCAGUUAAAACAUUUUCGUACAAAUAUAAAACAACGUGUUAUGAAAGAAACAAUUCCAAUUGUUAAAAUUUAUGAAGAAGAGGUUAUAUUAUCUCAAAUACCACGACAAACAUUAGCAAUUACGCCUUUAGCACAACCAGGUUUAACAUAUGUUCGAAGACAAAUGACACCGGCUUUACCUGAUUCAUUCAGAUUUGAAAUACUUGAACCUUAUCAAAAAACUUUUAAUAAUUAA